UGCAACUUACUCCGUAAGCAGAUAUUGACGACAUUACCCUGUGCUGCAAUCUCAGUCUGGACCCAAAUCUCACGACAACCUCACCUCACAAAGAAAGAAUCUCUAAUCGCGCGUCAAGACAAAGAAGUCACAUCUCUCUGUCACCAAUGCAGACCACAGACAUGGCCUAAAACACCAUCGUUCACCAGCAAUCCCACUCUGAACUCCAAAACCACCCCAAGGGUCCAGAACCAUCCGCGAUCACCAUCGCAUUCACCGAGAUCACCCACCACCACCACCUCACCACCGACAAAACCUCACAAUGUCCUUCCCCGCCUUCGGCGCCUUUCUCCUCGUCCUCCUCGCCAUAAUCCUCAUCUCCGCUAUCGUCUGGAUCGUCUUCAUCUACCUCCGCGCACGCCGCCUGGGCCUCCCCACACCCACACUCACCUCCUACAACCCCUUCGCCUCCCGCUCCUCCUACACCCCCCAACCGCGCUCCGGCGGCCUGAUCGGCUGGAUCUCGGACAAAUUCCGGAACUUUCGCUCGCGCCGCUCACGCACCGCUGGAGGCGCAUACGAGGAGCCUCUUGGUGCUUAUGGCGGCGCUGGGGGGGGAGGAGCGAGAAGCGGGUUCGGCGCCCUGGAUCCGGAUGAGGCGUGGGAUGCGAGGGUGGGGAAUGAGGCGGAUUAUUAUAGGGAGGAGCAAGAAGUAGGGUUGCAUGCUGAGACGGGGUAUAGUGGAGCUGGGGGGGAGGAGAGGGGAAGGACGAGGGGGAGGAGGGGGGAGGAAGGGCCGUAUGGGGGGGAUAGUCAGAGGGAGUUGGAUAGGAGGUAUGAGGAGGAGAUGGGGGGUGAGCAGACGGGGGUGGUGAAGAAGAGUGGGGGGAGUGAGAGUAGGAAUCCGUUUGAUGAUAGUGCGGCGGUGGGGACGAGUUUGAGGGGGGUUAGUCCGAGGCCGGAUAAGGGUGCUGGGCAUGAUGAGCAUGAGGGGUUGGGUGCGGAUCCGGAUAGUCCCACGGGGAAGAGGAGUUUGUUUAGGGAGGUUAUGUAGGAUUUGGGGGGUUGGGAUUGGGGGGCUUCAUUGCCUGGCGUUGGUUUGGUGUGGAACUAUGGGCAAAACGGGGUAUGGCUGGAUGGGAAAGGCUAUGGUUUUAUUCGGAUUCAUGCGCAGCGCUGGUCAUUUGGUGGUGCUAAAUAGCGGAUUUGAGGGGCUUGGAAUGGACUUCCUGGCUUUAGCUUUGGCUUCAUGAUGUCAAUCUUCUAGCUCAGUGUCGCGGAGUGAUACAAAGGUGUAAGAUCCUCCCCAAUUAAAAAAUUAUCACAUUACACAUAAGCACAUCACAAUCCACAAACAUCAAUCAAAGUAUUCAAUCCAAAAU